AAUGGUCUAUGAGUCAUCGUAUGGUACUGGGCAAAAGCCCUUCUCUCCCGAUCUCCAGCGUGGAACUUGGGAAAAGCCCUCCGAUUACUUAUUUGCCUGUUUCGGAUUGGCCUUCAAAUUGGAUAUAUUUGUGGCAUCCUACUGGUUUUUCUUUGACAUGGGCAUUAUUGGAAUAUUACCCUAUUACCUGUAUAUGGUAAUCUAUCUAGUGCCAAUUUUGGUUAUCCAUUCGUUUAUGGGACAGUUCUCAAGCAGUAGCUAUAUCUCAGCGUUUCGCCUGUCCCCUUUUUUUAAAGGCAUGGGCUAUGUGAGCUGUUGCCUGAGUACGGGUAUGCUUAUAUACUAUGGGAUUUUUGCGGCUGUUCCAAUUCUUUACAUGGCGAACUCACUUCGACCAACCUUGCCCUGGAGUUGCGAAGGUCUGAAGUCCUGGUAUAACGAGUCGGAGAGGGAAGCAACAGUUUGUAACAUCACAUUGGCCAAUAAUAAGACAUAUGAAGUUAACAAUGUGACACAAUACUACCAAUUGUUUCAUGUUCCGUCAGUUCUAUUCUUUCAAGACCACUAUAAAAGUAUGAAUGAAUCUUACUUUCCUGAUUUGGAACAGGAAUAUGAACUAUCAUAUCAUAUUGUGAUAUAUUUUGUUGUCGUUUGGGCCCUGAUUGCCCUUAUAUUUUACAAGUUCUCGGAAGUAGCAAAGUUUGGAAGAUUCAUCCGUUUCAUGGUGAUAGGAACCCUGGGACUCGUUGUCGUUUGUUUCGUGAGGCUUAUAUUCUUGCCCGGAGCUCUAACAGGACUACUCACCUAUGUGGCACCAAAGAAUCCUGUGGGGGAACUAUUUAUGGGUUUCAGUUCCACUUUUAUAAUGGUAUUACAAGCCUUUGGAGCCGGCUGGGGUAGUGUGAUAGCACUAUCCAGUUUUAAUGGAUUCAAGACGAACAUCAUGUCCUAUAGUUGGAUCGCCGCCUUUGGUCAAGUGCUCAUCUAUAUCCUGUUUGGCAUGAUUUCUUUUAUGAUAGAUAAGCACUAUACUGAAAUGUCAACAGAGUCAUAUGAUACCCACGUGCUCAACCAUUGGUUGUUAUUUUUGUCCAGUGCCAGCGCCAUGGCUGGAAUGCAUUGGGCCAAUCUUUGGACUAUUAUUUACUACUUUAUGUUAUUAAUGGCUUCUUUGAUAGUGAUGACAACGCAAAUCUUUACCAUCCUCCAGACUUUGUUUGACGAAUUUGAGUCUUUGAGGCUCAAAAGACAAGAGGUUACUUUUGGCUUCAUUGGAGGUCUUGCCGUUUGUUCCUUUUUCUUCUGCACAAAUCAUGGAAUUAUUUACUUUAGCACUAUAACCAUGGAUACAAUUUUCUCACAUAACGUGCUCCACUUACUUCUGCUUUUGGUGAUUUUGUGGAUUUACGGACGAGUGCGAUUCCAGAGGGAUAUAGAAUUCAUGUUGGGUCAACCUUUUGCCAACUGGAAAGUGUUCAUAUUGCGCUUUAUUUCUCCGUUUAUUUUGCUCAUUUCCUUGAUAUCUGGAACCAGUAUGGCGAUAGUGGAGCAUACCUAUACAUCCACAACGGUUUUGGUUAUUACCUUCAUGAUAGUAUUGGUUCCCCUUUUGGCCAUACCAUGCUAUGGAUUUUAUUACCUAUACCAGAACACUGGCACUUUUAGCGAGCGUUUCAGACGCGCCUGUCGCCCCACCGACUGGUAUCCUGUGGAAAUGGAGCAUCGCCAACAGUACGAGUUGAGUGUGGGCAGCACCGAGAUGACCCAUCAACUUUUUGAGGUUACCGAAGAAGUUAACUAAUUGUUAUUUAAUUUUGUAUUAAAAAAUAAAUU